AUGUCAAACUCUAUUUCAUUCACUACAACCGGCAUUAUUACCCUCGCUUACAAAACAAUUUUUCACUCUCCCUACUCUUUCUCCUUAAUGUAAAUUCUCCCCCCGGUCUGCAAAAUAAUUUAGCCGUCAUUGACUCCACAAUUGAAAAAUCUCCCUUAAUCGUCAAUUAAUAUAUAAAAGUAGCCACUAUUUCUUCAAUUUAUCAAUUACUCUUUCACAUCUUAUAUAACUUCAAUUACACUAUCUAGUCAUGACAAAGGAUAUUUAUUUAGUUACUGGUGGUACUGGUCACAUUGCCUCAUUUGUGAUCUUACAAUUAUUAGAACAAGGCCACAUUGUUAAAACAUCAAUUAGAACCAUUUCAAAAGCAGAUCAAUUAAAACAAUCAUUUCUCUUGUCAAGUUCAAAAUUAACUCAAUCAAUCAUUGAUUCUAAUUUAAUUAUCUUUAAAGGAGAUUUAGCAAAUGAUGAAGAUUGGCAUCAAUCUCAAUUUGAUGAUGUGAAAUAUAUCCUUCAUCUUGCUUCACCAUUAACGACUGAGGGAAGUACAUUAGAUGAAUUUGUGAUCCCUGCUACAAAGGGAACACUUAGAGUAUUACAAUUCGCAAAUAAAGCUCCUUCAGUCAAGCAUGUGGUUAUUACUUCAUCAUUCGCUGCUAUUGGAUAUGGACUUUCUGAAGUUAAAUCAGAACCAUUUACAGAAGAAGAUUGGACUAUUGUUAAUGAACAAACUGAAAAGACCCUUAGACCUUAUCAAGUUUCGAAAACAUUAGCUGAAAAAUCAGCUUGGGAAUUUAUCAAAGAUCCAAAGAAUAAUGUUAAAUUCGGCUUAACCACUAUUAACCCUAAUUUAAUCUAUGGACCUACUUUAACUAGUAGUACUUCAUUUUCCGCUUCCCUUUCUGUUUUCAAAUCGUUGAUUGAUGGUACAUACGCCACAACAGGAGUGCCAAGUAGAUAUGUUAGUGUGAUUGAUGUGAGAGAUGUUGCCAAGAUUCAUAUUGAAGCAUUAACUAAUCCUAAAGCCAAUAAUCAAAGAUUUAUUCUUAAUACGGGUAUCUCAUAUUCAUUAUUUGAAAUUUCAGAAAUCAUUAGAAAAAUAUAUCCUCAUGAUAAGGAAUUACUUGAAAAAUUACCUUCCAAAGAAGAUGAAUCCAAACCUAAGGAUUUCCCUAAAGUAGCAAGUAAUGAAAAGGCUAAAUCUGUAUUUAAUUGGACUCCAAUUCCAGUAGAAGAAAGUCUUAAAGUUACGAUUGAUAAUAUUAGAUCUCUUAAUUAGACUGUUUAGUAUAACGUGUGUGAUUUAUUAUAUCAUUGUGUAAUUGUAGGUUUAUCUGUAAUUGUCUUGGUAUAUUGACACCAUAGCACAAGGUGGGGAAGGGCUAUUUACCCAACCCUUUAUAUUGAUAGCUCCUCCACAUAUAAUCAAGAAAAAUAAAGUUGAAAGUUUAGGGCCACAUAUUCGAAGUAUCCCCCAAAAAACUCCCCUAAAAAAAGGCAGUGGUUAGUGAGAACUGAACUCGU